AUGUCCCUCUCAGACCUCGACCUCGUAGCGCAGGCCAUGGCGCCGACAGAGCCCGGCGCACAGGGCCCCAAGCCGACCGACGCCGCUGGCGCUAAGGAAGCAGACAAGGCUGGCGCCGACGACGACGUCCUUGCCGGCAUCGACCUCUCGACCCUCAACGACACCGACCGCAAGGCACUCCAGCCCAUCCUUGAUGCACUCAAGGCGUCGGCCGGUACCGAGGGCGCUGAGGGCGGCGACCUCGACGUCGAGGGUAUCCUUAAGCAGCUCGAGGCGGCCGACAAUGUCGCGGACACACUCGAGGGCAGGCUCGACACGCUGCUCGCGCACCUAGGCGAGAUUGAGCACGACGUCGAAGCCAAGGCUCCUGCCGCCGCUGCUCCCGAGAAGAAGUAG